CUUUUCUCCCAGCCGCGGGAACCUAGAGUUCACGAGCUCCCUGAGCGCCUGCGCAGGGGGCCGCAGAGGAGCUGGCGAACGGCAGGGUGACCAGGGCGCAUGCGUAACACGGCUUGACAGAGCGCGGAGGAAAAAUCCGCGAGAAGGUGGUGGAAGAAGAUGGCGGUGCUGGGGCAGAGUUUGCAAUCUCUCUGAAUAGACUAGUCGAGUAACUAGUCGGGUCAUGGCGUCAAACUCAACUAAGUCUUUCUUGGCAGAUGCCGGCUAUGGCGAACAGGAGCUGGAUGCUAACUCUGCCCUUAUGGAAUUAGACAAAGGUCUAAGAUCUGGCAAACUUGGUGAACAGUGUGAAGCAGUUGUUCGCUUUCCCAGGCUCUUUCAAAAGUAUCCCUUCCCUAUUCUCAUCAAUUCUGCGUUCCUAAAGUUAGCUGAUGUUUUCAGAGUUGGAAACAAUUUUCUGAGGCUCUGUGUUCUCAAAGUUACUCAACAAAGUGAGAAGCAUUUGGAGAAGAUUCUAAAUGUGGAUGAAUUUGUGAAGAGAAUUUUCUCUGUGAUUCAUAGUAAUGAUCCUGUAGCAAGAGCCAUCACACUCCGGAUGUUGGGAAGUCUGGCCUCAAUAAUUCCCGAGAGGAAGAAUGCUCAUCAUAGUAUUCGUCAGAGUCUGGAUUCACAUGAUAAUGUAGAAGUUGAAGCUGCUGUUUUUGCUGCUGCAAACUUCUCUGCACAGUCAAAGGAUUUUGCUGUAGGAAUCUGUAACAAAAUCAGUGAAAUGAUUCAAGGUUUAGCCACACCAGUAGACUUGAAGCUGAAGUUGAUCCCCAUCCUACAGCACAUGCACCAUGAUGCGAUCCUGGCGUCCAGUGCUCGUCAGCUUUUACAACAGCUAGUCACGUCCUAUCCUUCCACCAAAAUGGUGAUCGUUUCUUUGCACACUUUUACUCUGCUUGCAGCUUCAUCUUUGGUUGAUACACCUAAGCAGAUUCAGCUUCUAUUGCAGUAUUUGAAGAAUGACCCCAGGAAAGCAGUAAAGAGACUUGCUAUUCAAGAUCUGAAAUUACUUGCCAAUAAAACACCACAUACUUGGAGUAGGGAAAACAUUCAGGCACUCUGUGAAUGUGCCCUCCAGACUCCUUAUGACAGCUUAAAACUUGGGAUGUUGUCUGUCCUCUCUACGCUGUCAGGGACCAUCGCUGUCAAACAUUACUUCAGCAUAGCUUCGGGAAAUGUAGGUUCUUCCCCCAGAUCCUCUGAUUUAGUCAAAUUAGCCCAAGAGUGCUGUUACCAUAAUAACAGGGGCAUUGCAGCUCAUGGAGUGCGAGUCCUAACUAAUAUAACCGUCUCUUGUCAAGAAAAAGACCUUUUGGCACUGGAACAAGAUGCAGUCUUUGGCCUGGAAUCCCUUCUGGUACUUUGUAGUCAAGAUGAUAGUCCAGGUGCUCAAGCUACUUUAAAGAUUGCUCUGAAUUGUAUGGUGAAGUUGGCCAAGGGUAGGCCCCAUCUUAGCCAGUCAGUGGUUGAGACCUUGUUGACUCAAUUGCACAGUGCUCAGGAUGCUGCCCGGAUCCUGAUGUGCCAUUGCCUGGCUGCCAUUGCCAUGCAGCUGCCGGUGCUGGGUGAUGGAAUGCUUGGUGACCUCAUGGAGCUCUACAAGGUGAUCGGCCGAUCAGCCACAGACAAGCAACAAGAACUUCUGGUGAGUUUGGCCACUGUGAUUUUUGUGGCCAGUCAGAAGGCACUGUCUGCUGAAGUAAAGGCAGUAAUUAAGCAGCAACUUGAAAGUGUCUCCAAUGGGUGGACUGUAUACCGAAUUGCCAGACAGGCAUCCAGAAUGGGUAAUCAUGACAUGGCCAGAGAGCUUUAUCAGAGUUUGCUGACUCAGGUUGCCUCAGAACAUUUCUACUUCUGGCUGAAUAGUUUGAAGGAGUUCUCACAUGCAGAACAGUGUCUCACUGGGUUGCAGGAGGAGAAUUAUAGUUCAGCACUUUCUUGCAUUGCUGAGUCUUUAAAAUUCUACCACAAAGGGAUUGCUUCCUUAACAGCUGCCAGUACACCUCUGAAUCCUUUAAGUUUUCAGUGUGAAUUUGUAAAACUCAGGAUUGACCUUCUGCAAGCCUUCUCUCAACUUAUCUGUACUUGUAAUAGCCUAAAGACAAGCCCCCCACCUGCGAUUGCCACCACAAUUGCCAUGACCUUAGGGAAUGACCUUCAGAGAUGUGGUCGCAUUUCCAAUCAGAUGAAACAGUCCAUGGAAGAAUUCCGAAGCCUUGCUUCCCGAUAUGGGGAUCUUUAUCAGGCAUCUUUUGAUGCUGAUUCAGCAACUUUGAGGAAUGUAGAACUACAGCAGCAGAGCUGUUUACUGAUAUCUCACACAAUAGAAGCCCUCAUUUUGGAUCCAGAAUCAGCAAGUUUCCAGGAAUAUGGAUCUACUGGAGCAGCCCAUGCUGAUAGUGAAUAUGAGAGAAGAAUGAUGUCUGUAUAUAAUCAUGUCUUGGAGGAGGUGGAAUCACUCAAUCGGAAAUAUACCCCUGUUUCUUAUAUGCAUACAGCAUGCCUCUGCAAUGCCAUAAUUGCUUUGCUGAAAGUUCCUCUUUCAUUUCAGAGAUAUUUUUUCCAGAAACUGCAGUCUACCAGCAUCAAGCUUGCUCUGUCACCAUCCCCCCGGAACCCUGCAGAGCCCAUCGCUGUCCAGAAUAACCAGCAGCUGGCGCUGAAGGUAGAGGGAGUCGUUCAGCAUGGAUCUAAACCAGGACUCUUUCGCAAAAUUCAGUCUGUCUGUCUGAAUGUUUCUUCCACUCUACAGAGUAAAUCCGGACAAGACUACAAGAUACCCAUUGACAAUAUGACCAAUGAGAUGGAGCAGAGGGUUGAACCUCAUAAUGAUUACUUCAGUACUCAAUUUCUGUUGAACUUUGCUAUCCUUGGAACACACAACAUUACAGUGGAAUCUUCAGUGAAAGAUGCCAAUGGUAUCGUAUGGAAGACUGGUCCCAGAACUACCAUAUUUGUAAAAUCCCUGGAAGACCCUUAUUCCCAGCAAAUUCGCCUACAACAGCAGCAAGCCCAGCAACCAUUACAACAGCAGCAACAGCGAAAUGCCUACACACGGUUUUAGCCGUGUGAUGAAUGCGCUACCGACUUUACAGGGAUUGAUCAAAUUGGCAAAAAUAAUAUGUUUUUUCAUGUGGAUUAAGACAUGAAAGUUAUAAUGUGGAGUCCAUUU